AAACGAAAGAGCCAAGGAGGGGCGCAAUACGCACAAAAAGCGAAAGGGUUUCAACUUUGAAUUUUCAUUUUGUCCAUUUCCGAAACACACACAUCUUACACCUAAUCUCCUCUCUCCCUUCCUUCCAUGUGAUCCAAAGGGCAAAAGCUUCGGCUGGAUGUCCAUGGAUUUGUUCUCUCUUAAUACCACCUGACGUUGUUUGCGUUGGUCGAGAGCAAAUUCCAUGGCCAAAUUGCAGUUGCAAGCUCCACUUUUGGUCUGAGAGAAAUCCCAUCUGCAGACGGUGUUUUAGGGUUUUGUUUUAAGGAAAAUCCCAUCGUUUUCAAGAAUGCCGACGCACGGAUCCAAAUCCGAAAAGCAAGAUGCCGCGGUGUUGAACCGUCGAGAUCCGUAUGAGGUACUCGGUGUCUCCAGGAACUCCACGGAUCAGGAAAUCAAAAGCGCUUACAGAAGAAAGGCUCUCAAGUAUCAUCCUGACAAGAAUGGAAAUGACCCCAAAGCUGCUGACAUGUUUAAGGAGGUUACUUUUUCCUACACUAUUUUGUCAGAUCCAGAAAAAAGACGACAAUAUGAUGCUGCUGGCUUUGAGGCCGUUGAAACAGAAAACCAAGAAUUGGAGCUAGAUCUUUCAAGUUUGGGGGCCGUGAACACCAUGUUUGCUGCCCUUUUUAGCAAGCUUGGUGUGCCAAUUAAAACUACUGUAUCAGCAACGGUUUUGGAAGAGGCACUUAAUGGGGUUGUGACUGUUCAUCCACUUCCAUUGGGCGUGCCUAUGUCGAAAAAGGUUGAGAAACAAUGUGCUCAUUUUUAUUCUGUUAUGAUUAGUGAAGAGGAAUCACAGGGUGGAUUUAUUUGCCGAGUUCAAUCACCUGAUAAAAGCAAAUUUAAGUUAUUGUAUUUUGAUCGGGAAGAAACUGGUGGACUAAACCUUUCUUUACAGGAGGAAAGUACUAAAGUAGGAAAAGUCACAUCUGCUGGAAUGUAUUUUCUUGGUUUCCCUGUAUAUCGGUUGGAUCAAACAAUAAGCUCGAUUACUGCCGCUAAGGAUCCAGAUGCUGCCUUUUUUAAAAAGCUAGAUGGAUUCCAGCCAUGUGAAAUAACUGAACUAAAGGCUGGAACUCAUGUCUUUGCAGUCUAUGGAGACAAUUUUUUCAAAAGUGUGAGCUACACAAUUGAGGCCUUCUCUGCAUCGUCUUUUGCUGAAGAGAAGGAAAAUCUUAGGACGGUGGAAGCUCAAAUUUUGACAAAAAGGGUGGAAAUAUCCAAUUUUGAAACAGAAUAUCGUGAGGUUCUGGCACAAUUUACUGAGAUGACUGGUAGAUACACUCAAGAAAUGCAAGUGAUCGAUGAGCUUCUCAAACAGAGGAAUGAAAUUCAUGCCUCCUACACAACUUGUCCUCCAAUAAAACGGAGUAGGAGCCGGAUUAGGGGUUCAUUUAAGGAUGCUAAAGAAGACAGCCAAAUAAGGGAGAGGAAAUCUACAAGGGAUAGGCCUAAGAAGAAAAAAUGGUUCAAUAUCCAUUUAAAGGUUGAGAAAAGAAAAUCUUGCUGAAAAAGUCAACUUCAAUAUUGCAGGGAAGGUGAAACUUUUCCCCCAAACAAUUUUUAUUGGCUGCAUUCGGAUUGAUUUGGUAUAAUCAGAGAAGAUACGAGAGCAAGUAAUAGCCCGACUGGAGUGCUAAAUCUCUAGUAUGGCCCUGAACCACAUGGGCACGCUGUGGAUGACAACUUGUCUACAAUGAUUCUUUUAGUUGGAUCCUUUCUCCAGCAAAAAUCACGCAUGUAAAUUGUAUAAUUUAUGGAAUCCCAUCACCACUGCUGUUUGUCAUAUAAUUAAGUUUUGUGAAUAGCAAUAUGAGCUGGAUUUCGCAUGACCCAAGGUCGAGUGUGCUCUUGUGAAUGUUAAUAUUUUUGUUUACUGCGGAAAGGCUUGCGGUUCCGCUGGUUCACCUUCACCUGAUUGACUUGCUGGACAAUCUGUGACAGUGCUAAAAUGCGUUUUUGAUUUAUACAGGCUUGGGGAAUGAAAGAGUGAUUUUAAUAGUUGAA